CUAAGAUGUGCUAAUUUCGAUGGAAUAGAUGUUUUGUUAUGGAAGAUGUUGGGCAUUUGUUGCUGCUGCUUCUGCUGCAUGGAAGAAGAAGCUAAAUCCAUCUCAGCAUGAUUCUUCUUUUUCUGGUUUUGCAUCUCUGGUCAGUUUUUCCUCCAACCCAUUUCGUAUAAUGAAUUUCUUAUCAUUCAACGCCGAUUCAUAUCCCUCUUUCUCCCUGGGUAUCUUGAAUUAGGAAGGUCGAAUAAAAAUCAUGCGACUGUAGUUAGAAUUCCCUUGACGAAUUGUUCAGAUUGAGUUGUUUUUCUUUCGGAUUUCACGUUGCAGGUUAGGAGUCGUUGUUUUCGGUGGUUUAGAGGAAAAGUGAUCGAUCUUUUUCAAUUUUUGGAAUUUGGGAUUAAUUAUCUGCUUGAAGGAAUUGAUUAGUAUUUAGAGCUUAGGGGUUUUGUCUAUGGGGACUCGAACAAUGGGAUCACAUGGCGGUGGUGGUGGUGGAAAUGGUGGAACCCAACAUCCUAAAUCAGACGGAUUUUCAAAACAAGGCCCUUUGUAUAACCUAACUCUGGAUGAGGUUCAGCACCAAUUAGGGGAUUUAGGGAAACCUCUUAGCAGUAUGAAUCUUGAUGAGCUUCUCAAGAGUAUUUGGACUGCUGAAACUGAAGCUAAUGAAGGGAUGGGUAGUGGGGCUGGACCACUUUACCACUCUCAACACACCCAGCUUGCUUCUACCUCUUCUAUGGCUCACCAGUCGAGCCUUGAUCUCUCCAGGGAUCUGAGCAAGAAGACUGUUGAUGAAUUGUGGCAAGAUAUCCAACAGGGUCAAAAGAAGAAGGAUGAUAAUGGUGGUAAUGAUCAUAAUCUUGAUAGGAAGGCUGGGCGGGGGAAACAACCGACUCUUGGUGAGAUGACCCUAGAGGAUUUCUUAGCCAAGGCUGGGAUUGUGAGUAAAUCUUCUCAGGAGAAAAAGAAUCUGGCUUCUGUUCUAGGAGCUGACUCAAGUGCAUUGGCCCAACAGAAUAUUAGUCCCCAACAAGCACAAUGGAUGCAAUUCCAAAUCCCACCAAUUCAGCAGCAACAUGUGUUCAUGCCAAGCCAUCAUCAAGUUCAACCACCCCUCCCUAGCAGUGCUAACCAAAUCAUGGACCCGGCUUAUUCCGAGACUCAAAUGACAAUGUCUCCUUCCCCUUUGAUGAGUACUCUGUCUGAUACACAAACGCCUGGACGGAAAAGAGUUGCAUCUGGAGAUGUAAUGGAGAAGACCGUGGAAAGAAGGCAAAAAAGAAUGAUAAAAAAUAGAGAAUCUGCUGCACGCUCACGAGCAAGGAAACAGGCUUACACGCAUGAGCUGGAGAACAAAGUUUCACGUUUGGAAGAGGAAAACGAAAGACUUAAAAGAGAGAAGGGCUUGUGAGCCAGGUUUCUUCAAGUUGUUACAUGCACAACCAUGUUUUAGGCUUGAAACCACUUAUAUAGCAAAAAAUGGAGGUGCAACCUCAAGCCUACCUAAAUGUGGCUUCAAUCAAUUCAUCUAUUCCUGAGAUUUUGCGACUGUCGUGGAUUGGUCUGCCCUGAUUUCCCUUUCUAGUUUCUCUCCCAGUUCCCAGAAGCGGCUUUGAUGCCAAUUUGAUUGGAACCUGAAUGAUAUCUAUUGAAUACAAAUACAAAAGCAACAAACAGAAAAUAUACCUACUUUCAAGAGUCGGGCAUUCUCUAGGAUGCUCAAUUCUCUCUCUAUAUUGUUUAUGAUCAAAUGCAGUGAACAUUACUCUUCUCCUAACUCCUUAGAGUAUCUCCAACAUAUUAACUAUAAUUUCUCUAAAAUAGAGAACCAAAAGUCAAAAUCUUAAAAAAGAUUACCUUCAACUCCAACAAAUUCUC